AAACCUUCAUCUGAGUGUUCUUGUUCCUCUUCCUUCCUUAGGGCAAGGAGGUCACGGGUACCUGCAGGAAUGGCUUUGGUGGACAGGGCUGCUCUGCAUGGGAGUUGGAGAAGCAGCAAAUUUUGCUGCCUAUGCCUUUGCCCCUGCAACGCUGGUAACGCCACUGGGUGCUCUAAGUGUCCUUGUUAGUGCAGUUCUGUCUUCCACCUUCCUGAAUGAGCGGCUGAAUGUUCAUGGGAAGAUUGGCUGCAUCCUGAGUGUUCUGGGCUCCACAGUGAUGGUGAUCCAUGCUCCGCAGGAAGAAGAGGUUUCCAGCCUGGAGUCAAUGGCAGAGAAGCUGAAAGAUCCAGGAUUCAUUGUAUUUGCUGUGUGUGUCCUGGUGAGCUCCCUUCUGCUCAUCUUUGUGGCUGGACCCCGUUACGGACAGAGCAACGUCCUGGUUUAUGUUUUGGUCUGCUCCGCCAUUGGCUCCCUUUCCGUGUCCUGUGUCAAAGGCCUGGGGAUUGCUCUGAAAGAACUGUUUUCUGGGAAGCCAGUCCUGAAAGAACCACUGGGCUGGGUGCUCCUGGUGUGCCUGGUGAUCUGCAUCAGCGUCCAGAUCAACUACCUGAACAAAGCUCUGGACAUCUUCAACACAUCUGUGGUCACACCCAUUUACUACGUGCUGUUCACCACAGCAGUCAUGAUGUGCUCUGCCAUCCUCUUCAAGGAGUGGCAACACAUGGUGCUAGACAAUAUCAUUGGCACCAUCAGUGGCUUCCUCACCAUCGUGUCUGGCAUCUUCCUCCUGCAUGCCUUCAGGGACAUGCCCUUCACCCCCGACCUCCUGCCCCUCUUCCUGCAGCAAGGCAGGGCAGACCUGCACGCCUCGUGGAGGAGUGCAGACAGACAUCAGUCAUGUCAGCACCAGCCUCUUCUGCCCUCAGAGAACAAAGGCUCUCAGAGCGCAGAGGACGGAGAGGAGGAGGAGGAAGGUGAAAGCGUGUGA